AUGUUGCAUUCAAAUAAACUGCUUCAAAGUUUGCUCGCGGUGACUCUUUUACUUCAUGUGGCCAUUUGUAUCGCGGCUGUACCGUAUUCGUAUCGAACGUUGUCAUAUUCCGUUCUCGGCAAACCCACCCACUCGUAUAAAGUACCUGCGCCAAUCCCAACAAAGCACAAAUGGCUCAAGUCCAGGAUUCAGCACUACAGCAAUACCACUGCGUCAUACAACUUGACUACCACCGCUAUUCUAGCCUGUGGCGAUGUGCAUCGUAAUCCAGGACCAGCUUUGAGUAGCUCUAGAAAACAAGAUGGGGCAAAACUGAACAGUUUAAGAAUUUUGUAUCUAAACGCUCGUAGUCUAAAGGCAACCGCAGAAUCUACGGACGACAAGGCAAAGAAAACCA